AUGAUGAAGAAUAUACAGAUUCUGAAGAGAUUGUGUCACGUACACAGUUCUAUGAGAGUUGGCUUUGGGAGGAUAUUGAGCUAUGUGAGAAUUGUCCAACACCAGUCACAGAUAAAAUAAUCUUCCUGAAAGACCCUAUUACUACCUGGCAGAUCUUCGCUGUCAGUCUGUCACCAACUCUUGGCAUCUGUGUGGCAGAACCUGAGGAGAUGGUUGUUUUUAGAGCUUUUUCAUUGACCUCAAGAUGCCUUACUCUGCUGUGCGCAGUGAACAACUGGAAAUCAAGGCCAUUAUUCACAACUACACCAAAAAGAAGCUGAAGGUGCGUGUGGAGUUCAUGGAGACAGAAGAUGUUUGCAGCUCUGCCAGUAAGAAAGGCAAAUACAGAACAGUAGUAAACGUUGACAAAGACUCCAGCAUAUCCGUUUCAUAUGUGAUUAUUCCCAUGACUCUGGGAAAUCACAUGAUUGAGGCGAAAGCUUCAGCAUAUGAUGCUGUUCACACUGAUGGAGUGAGAAAGACGCUGAAGGUGGUGCCUGAGGGUGUGCUGACUCAGUUACAUAGAGAAAAUGUGGAGCUCAAUCCUCUCAUAAAUG